AUGGUAAUGAUGUAUGCAUUUGGCUCUGUAUCUGGUGGCCAUCUGAACCCGUCGAUUUCCAUCUCAAUGUUUCUGGCCGGUAAACUCCGUGGCAUCACCACGUGUGCCUACAUUGUCUCGCAGUGCGCUGCUGCGAUCUUGGCUUUAUUUGCAGUUCGCCAACUUUUCGAGGCGAGCCCGACCAUCAUUCCCAAGGUGGGAGACAGCUGGACUCAAGCGUGCUUGGUGGAGAUGAUCUAUACGGCCAUGCUCGACUUCGUCGUCCUUUGUGUUUACAGCCGGCGGAACAACCCUGACCAGGAGCCGAAUCAGUUCUACGGCAUUGCUUGCGGCUUUGCGCUGAUUGCUGGCAUCGGUGCGUCUCAGAUGUCUGGUGGAGUCUUCAACCCAGCUGUAGCAUUCGGCAUCGGGGUGGUCGGCAAGGAAGGAGGAUCACUGAUGUACCUGUGCUACCAGCUUCUGGCGAGCCUGCUGGCUUCGGCGCUAUUUCGAGUCAUGCGACCCGAAGAGUACAUGGACCUUGCAAGCUUUCAGAACUACGAGCCCAGUGAUGCAGUGAAGUAUCUUUGUGAAUUCGUCGGCAGCUUUUUUGUCGUGGUGACUUACGGGCUGAGCGGAGUUCGUGCCGCGCCCGAGAGUUGCUCCUGGACCACGGCCUCAGCGCUCAUGAGCCUUGUCUAUGCCGUCGGUGACCUGUCUGGAGGCCACUUCAACCCCGCUGUGACAACAGCCGUUGUGCUCUCACGCACGCGCAGAGUUUCGGUCACUCAGAUGCUAACAUACUGGGUGGCGCAGGUGGCGGCCGGCAUUCUGGCCGUCAUCGCUUGUCUUCACCUGCAGCCACGUCGAACAUGGACACUGGCACCUCAGGAGAAGUAUACGGCUGGCGGCGCCUACAUCGUAGAGUUUACGUUCACUCUGCUGCUGUGCAUGACCUUUCUCUCCGUCUCUUGUGUAAAGGGCAUCACCAGCAGCUUUCAGAGGAACUUCUAUUUUGGCUUGGCCAUCGGCUUCGCUCUGCUGACUGGCAGCCUCUGCUCUUCCGGCAUCUCCGGGGGCUGCCUGAACCCGGCUGUUUCGGUGGGGGUCGGCGUGGCUGCCCUGAUACAGAACAGGUCCUAUGCUGGCUACUACAUACCCAACUACGUGCUGGCCCAGCUGCUGGGUGGGAUCGCUGCGACCGUCGUUUUCGCCACCACACAUGCGAGAGUGUAUGCCUCCAAAGCAGCAGCAAGGAUGCCCUUCAGCCUGGCGACCUGA